AUGCCUGCAAAGAUCAACACAUCGGCUGUGCCAUUCCGAUCUUCGCGUCUCGCAGUCCCCCCUUCGCCUUUUUCCCCGGCAGAACCGAUCACUCCCGCUCCUCUCAAACGAACUUUUUCCGCCACUGCCGAUAUCGAUUUGAUUCGAUACCUACCUCCUCCCUCCAGACAACCCACGAAAUGGCUUUGGGCUUGCCAUAUCUGCCAUCGUCAAUACAAUCUCUCCGUUACUCGCCGCUGUCUUGAUGAUGGCCAUUACUUCUGCGCCGGCACUUCAGUCGUUCGAUUGCGCAAAGACGGAACCAAGAAACUUCCUCGCCAUAAAGCUUGUGCGUCUGAAUUCGACUAUGCGGGUUGGAAGGAUUGGGGCGUGUGGAAACGCAAUCUUCUGCUUUUGACGCAGCAACAGAGGCAACGAAACAGUCCUUGUGACAGUGUUUUUGAUGAUGAUUCUGAAGAUGAAGUGGAGGAGAUUAUCACUGCAUCUGUGGUUUCUCCAAUCACUGCUGGGAUGCCUGGCACUUCCUGGCGUGAUGCUAUACCAAACAAGGAUUGCUGGAAUCGAUGCGAUUACCCCUCCGAAUGCCGCUGGGGCAAACAAUUUGGCGUCGACACACCUCUCCAACCGACAUUCCCGACUUUGGAUCGCGUACCCAGUAUUGCCAACCCCAACAAAACUCCCACCGACGACUCUACAGAUCUUGUAGAUGUGGACAUGAAUGAUGUACCUUCCCCCGCUGCUGUUCAACCAAAAACACACUUCAGCGAUAUCUUGACGGCGGAACAACAACAAGUCGUUGCCGAAACUAUCGAUGGUGUUGAAGUGGAAGAGAGCCAUCCUGCUCAUACUCCCAUUCCUGCAUUAGCGGAUCUUGCGGGUUUGGUGACUAGAGCUCAACGACGACAUUCAAGGUCUGAGAUUCCUGCUUCUCCUCUUGCAUCUGAUGGGCAAGAGAGUCGGAGGGUGACAAGGAGUUCAAGCAGGGAGAGUCUCAGAAGAGCUGUUGAAGGUGGUAUUGGUGUUAUUGUGGGGUUCGUUGGGUGGAGGAGUUAUAGUGCUCCUCCUGUUGGUAGAAGAAAAGAAGAUGAGAAGGGAGAUGGAGAUGAAUCAUCUUCUCUGACCGACUCUGAGAAGUUGCGACGUCCUGCUCGUCAGGCGCAAUCCACCCCAGGAGUCAGCGAGGACAACAAGACAUGUUGA